AUGUCGAAUAAUGCUAGGCACGGCUAUAUCUAUCUAUCUAUCUGUCUCUCUCUGUCUCUAUCUAUCUAUCUAUCUAUCUAUCUAUCUAUCUAUCUAUCUAUCUAUCUAUCUAUCUGUCUGUCUCUGUUUGUCUGUCAAAUCUAUCUAUCUAUCUAUCUAUCUAUCUAUCUAUCUAUCUAUCUAUCUAUCUAUCUAUAUAAUAUAUAUUACUAUACCAAAUUAUCCCACAUGUAUAUGUCACAGUUUGUUCUUACAAAUCUAUCUAUCUAUCUAUCUAUCUAUCUAUCUAUCUAUCUAUCUAUCUAUCUAUCUAUCUAUCUGUAUAAUUACUAUACCAUCUAUCCCACAUCUAUGUCACAGUUUGUUCUUACAAAUCUAUCUAUCUAUCUAUCUAUCUAUCUAUCUAUCUAUCUAUCUAUCUAUCUAUCUAUCUAUCUAUCUAUCUAUCUAUCUAUUUAUCUAUUUCAUACUGUCUCUAUAUAUCUUUCUAUCUAUCACAACCUUUUGUACUUACAAAUCUAUCUAUCUAUCUAUCUAUCUAUCUAUCUAUCUAUCUAUCUAUCACUGUUUUUUUCAUAUCCAUCUAUUCUUUCUAGUUUUCUUUCCUUCUUUCAAUUUUCCUUUUUAUUUUCUAAUUUUUCUUAUUUUCCAAUUUCUUCGUUUCAUUUCAUUUUUUUUUUUUGCUUUUGGAUUAAUUUCUUAUUUCUUUUCCUCUUUCUUUCAGAUUAUAUUUUAAUUUUUCUUCAUAGGUCUUCUAAAAAAAUUUUCUAUCUCUCCCCCCUCUCUCUCUCUCUAUUUUUAUCCUUCAUUUUCAUUAUUUUAUUUUAUGCUAUCGACUCUUUACUACUAUUGAUUCCUCCUGAAUUCCACGCGCCUCACCGUUUUUGUCCUUUAAUUGUUUAUCAUUUAUUGUAG